AUGUUCGUCCGCACAGCCGUCGUACUUUUGCUCGUCGCCUCCACCGCCUACACAUUUGUAGCCCCACCAUCACAAGCCACUCUGGCCUGUAUCACAUGUGUGGCUACCGUUAAGGGUCUCGAGCCGAAAGUGCUGGCCGAGGGAGAUGCGGUGGCCGAGAAAGAGGUGGCCGCGUUGUGCAUGAAAGAGGCGCCGACGCCGGCUGCCGAGAAGGAUUGUGAGCAAUAUGGAGAUGAGGAGGCCGCGAUUAUUAUCGAUUUGAUCAAGAAGGACGUUCCACCAAAGACUAUUUGCCAGGAAUUGAAGAAAUGCUAA